UGUUGCAGCAGCACUAGUCCCGCGAGAGGGGAGCCGCGGGUCCAUGGACGGAUGACCCUGCUGCUCCCAGCCCAGCUGUCAGCUCCCUUCCUGACUUCCCCACUCUGCCCCCGGUACCAUGGCGUCCAGCGAGGAGGACGGCUCGGUGGAGGAGAAGGAAAACAACAACAAGAAGCGAACGAAAAGCGCCGUCGCCACCGCAUGGCUCACUUUCUACAACAUCGCCAUGACAGCCGGGUGGCUUGUUUUGGCCAUGACAAUGAUGCGCUUCUACAUCCAGAAAGGCACACACAAGGGUCUUUACAGAAGUAUAGCACGAACACUCAAGUUCUUCCAGACCUUUGCAUUAGUUGAGGUGGGACAUUGCGCCAUAGGAAUUGUGAGGACUUCUGUGAUUGUAACCGGGGUUCAAGUGUGUUCACGGAUUUUCAUGGUUUGGUUCAUCACCAACAGCAUCAGACAGAUCCAGAAUGAAGAAAGCGUCCUCCUCUUCCUGGUUGUGUGGACGGUGACAGAGAUUACCCGAUAUUCCUACUACACAUUCAACCUGCUCAACCACCUGCCGUACUUCAUCAAAUGGGCCAGGUAUAAUCUCUUCAUCGUCAUGUACCCACUCGGAGUCAUCGGAGAACUGUUAACCAUUUAUGCUGCUCUGCCAUACGUACGCAGAUCUGGAAUGUACUGCAUGAGGCUGCCCAACAAGUAUAACGUCUCCUUCGACUACUACUACUGCCUCAUCAUUGUCAUGUUGUCCUACAUCCCACUGUUCCCUCAGUUGUACUUCCACAUGCUUCGGCAGAGGAGAAAGAUGCUUCACGGGGAGGUCAUAGUGGAGAAGGAUGACUAGUUGUUUCAGAGAGCCAGCUUCCACAUCGCCUUCACCCCCUCUGACACUUCACCCAACACUGAUCCCAUCUCAUCUUUAGUACCAUCACCCAUUACAUUCUUCAACGCACGGGACCGGGAGAGACGUGAUCUGACCAGAGCCCUGUCUGACGGCACCUCAGCAGAACAAGCAGCGAUAAAACAGGCACGAACCCCACAGGAACACAUCAUUAUUGAGGAACAGUAACCGGACACAAGUUUCACUCUAGAAAUCCCGACUAUUAUCAGGAUUAACAUGCAUCUGAAUGGUAUAUAGCCCCGGUAUUGCUGGAAUAAUAGUCUUCAGACGGGAGCCUGGCGUCGUGCAGUUCGGUUUCAGCUCUCCCAGCUCAGUUCUGUGUUCAUCCGCCGGCCUCACCACACCUUGUUGCGCUGAAGCACCGCCGCCUGAGAGCAGCACUGAUCAUCGCGACCUGCACCGAUCGUGUGUAAAUCAAGUUACUGCACCCACCAUCUGUGUGAGAUCAAGGGAAAUCGAGGCUUCCAGGGUACGGUGAAACAAAAGGAGUGAGGAAAGAUGAAAGUUGUGUCCCUUUAGCUGUCCCCCACCCCCCCCUCAAAUUGGCAGUUUCAUUUUUUUAAUUGUUUUCCACCACCGUGAUAUUUUAUACAUAAAUAGUGUGUGGCUGUACAAGACAAGGUUUCAAAAGAUAAGGUAUUCAUAGGUCUAUCAUAGCAUGACAAUAAACCUACUAUUGGGCAAUGCGCUGCUUCUUUUGUGUAUGUUUGUUAUGCCCUAUGUGUAAACGACGCAAUGUGAAUUGACAGCAGUUAAGUGUGCCCACAGCCUAUUUCUUAAGGAGAACUUAAUUUAUUCACAUAUCACUUAGUUGGCAAUAUCUGACUAUUUUGAAGCCAAGUCAGUCAUGUCUGCUGAAUGAAUGUAGUCGAGUUCUGUUUUUCCUGCUUGGCUCAGCUCUUUGCGUUCUUUUAUGUUGCUUUUGAUGUUUACCGUGUCAGAUUAAUUUUCAUGAGUGCAUCUUAAAGAAAUUUGAAUCUCCAAAAAGAUGUAUCUGCCUGUCUGUUUCAGCUAAUCUAGAGACAACACUUAGGCAAAACUACAGAGGUAGAGACUAUUCAAAUUUAUGUGAGCACUCGCAGUCUUGGGUCACUGUUUUGUUUUUUAAUGUGUUGGCUGGAUCUGGUGUCCAUGUUGAUAGUAAUAUAGUUAGUUUUCCUCCUAUUUAAGGUGCUAUUGUGAGAUCAUUUCAAUCUUCUGUGCAGCUGAAGGAGUGACUGUGAUUGGAGUUGACCUAAAGAUGGAAAACAGGAUGUGAAAUGACUGGGAGAAAAUGUAACGACUUAAGUAACCUUAGCAAAUGCACUACAGCACAAAGCCCAAAGAAUCACCAUCAUGCUUACAAUCUGGGCUAGAGAGAGAGAGAGAGAGAGAAAGAGAG